AUGCACCGCCGAGUGGUCUGGAGGCUCUCGCGCCGCGUUAAUUCUUCGUCGUCCAGUACUCUAUCCUCGACCCAUAUUUCCUGCGCGCGAACAUUCCAGUCCUCUGCGGUUCUCUCGGAGGCCGAAAAUGGCACACGAAGUGGGCAUGGCUCACCAUCGUCGGCGCCCAAGUUCGGGAAUCGAUGGGGUGCCAGGCAAACGUCCAAGCCCAUCGGUCUCAGUCCAGCAGAACAGGCCCUGCGUGAUGCGAUGAUUGCGAAAAACAAACCUCCACCACCUUCUCCACAACCGACAUCUCCCGAGUCUUUGGGCAGGGAUAAGAGGAUACCGGGGACACAGUACUACAUGAACGGCCAGGGCAGACAUGCUGUCGUGCGCCCAACCGAUCAAUCUGCUGACCAUCGUCAUCCGAAUAGUCGGCACACUCGGCACUCGAGACCUCCAGGUCGGGACGAUAAUCGGUCGAAUCGGGGCAACCGCGAGUGGACAUGUCAAAACUGUCAACGACUGGUCUUCGCACGUCACAAGGUGUGCCCCUUCUGCCAGUCUCCACGCCAGGACCCUCCUAGGCCUCUCAGGCAGGACCAGCAGCGAUUUAAUCGGGGCUGGGAUUGUCCCAGCUGUGCACAAUACAACUUUGGAAGGCGGGAGACGUGUCUGUCAUGCGCAACACCGAAGCCAGAGGUGCAACCCUUGGAGGCACGGAGCUCAAGGGCGGACAGGUGGGGGAACCAUUCGGCACGCGAGGAGAAAUUGCGCAAUCUUGGUCGCUCUAUUCUUGAAGAAAGCCCAGAAGCAGAUUCUGUCUCCCACAGGCGCCCGUAUGCGAGCGAGAACGGGCAACUUGGUCAGUUAGGACGAGGCGCUCAGACCACGUCCCAUGAAAUUCGCGAGCAGGAGUCUGCAAAGGCAAAGAACGAAGCACGAACGAAGGAGGCUGAAUCCGAAAAAGAGGUCGAUAAGAAGGACCAAUGGUCAUGGGAUAUGUCCGCGUUGGAGCAGCUGGAUUCUAUUGAAGGACAGGGGGCUCCAGUGGAGACGCAAAAAAAGUCCAAAAAACGAGAUGGACGCCGAGACCGACAAAUCUCUGAAGAGAGUGACUUUGACCCCGAGGAGCGGAAGCGUCGCCGAGAAGAUCGCAAACGCCAAAGAAAAGUGAAAGAGGAGGUCUCGGCGAUUCCUCUUCAUCUUCCCGAGUUCAUCAGUGUCAGCAAUUUAGCCGAUGUCAUUGGUGUGCGCCCGGCCGAGUUUGUCGCUCGCAUGGAGGAAAUGGGCUUCGAAGACGUGACUUAUAACCACGUUCUGGAUGCUGAGACGGCUGGCUUGGUCGCUGCUGAGUUCAAUUAUGAAGCCAUCUUCGACAACGGAGCCGAUGAUCUCGAGGCUGCGCCAAUCCCGGAAGAUGCCUCGCACUUGCCUCCCCGUCCCCCAGUCGUGACAAUCAUGGGCCACGUCGAUCACGGCAAAACCACCAUUCUGGACUGGCUUCGGAACUCCUCCGUGGCGGCUACCGAGCAUGGCGGUAUCACGCAGCACAUUGGCGCCUUUUCCGUGGCCAUGCCCUCUGGAAAGACGAUCACCUUCUUGGAUACUCCUGGUCACUCUGCAUUCUUGGAAAUGCGAAAGCGCGGUGCGGACGUGACUGACAUUGUUGUCCUCGUCGUAGCUGCAGACGACAGUGUCAAACCCCAGACCAUCGAGGCGAUCAAACAUGCCAGCCAGGCCAAUGUGCCUAUCAUCGUUGCAAUCAGCAAAAUCGAUAAGGAGGGUCGUAACCCGGAUCGAGUCAAGCAAGAUCUCGCGGUUCACGGUGUACACGUCGAGGACUAUGGAGGCGACGUGCAAGCAAUUGGCGUGAGCGGCAAGACCGGUGAAGGUAUGCUUGAGCUCGAGGAAGCCAUUGUAGCUCUCUCCGAGAUGCAGGAUCAUCGUGCCGACAAGGAGGGUAAUGUUGAGGGCUGGGUCAUCGAGGCGACCACCAAGAGUUACGGUCGAGUGGCUUCCGCUCUGAUCCGUCGUGGUACCCUUCGACCCGGCGACGUCAUUGUCGCUGGCGAAACUUGGGCGCGCGUGAAGACGCUUCGCAACGAGGCCGGUCUGUCAAUCCUCGAAGCCACGCCCGGCAUGCCGGUGGAGAUUGAUGGCUGGCGAGACCAACCUGUUGCUGGCAGCGAGAUUCUGCAGGCCCAGAGCGAGCAAAAGGCCAAGGACGUGGUCGAAUAUCGACAGGAUCGUGUCGAGACCCAAAGAAUGGGUGAGGACAUGGUCGCUAUCAACGAAGCUCGACGAGAGCUCUUGGAGAAGCGCAAGCAGGAAGAUGGUGAAUCAGAUGAUGCAGCGAGUCCCAAGACGGAGGUCUCUGGGCCCAAAUCCGUCAACUUCAUCGUCAAGGCCGAUGUCACUGGAUCUGCUGAGGCCGUUUUGAACUCGCUGGCUGCCAUUGGCAACAAUGAGGUCUAUGCCAAUAUCGUGCGCUCGGGUGUUGGCCCGGUCACCGAGUUCGAUAUUGAACACGCAGCCAGUGCGGACGGCAAAAUUGUCUCCUUUAAUAUGCCCAUUGAUCCCAGCAUGAGUCGACUUGCUGAACAAAUGUCCGUGACAAUUAUGGAUCACAACAUCAUCUACAAGCUCAUCGACGACGUGAAAGACGUUCUGAGUGAAUACCUUACGCCAUUGGUCACUCAACGCGUGACGGGCGAGGCUGAAAUCGGCCAGAUCUUCGAGAUUACAAUCAAGGGUCGCGAGAAGACAUCUAUUGCCGGCUGUCGUGUACGAAACGGACUGGUCAACAAGACCAAGAAGGUCCGCGUAAUCCGCGGUAACGAAACUGUCUAUGAUGGCAUGAUGUCCUCACUCAAGAACGUCAAGAAAGACGUGACUGAGAUGCGCAAAGACACCGAGUGUGGUAUUGCAUUUGAUGGCUGGGCCGACUUCGCUGUCGGUGACCACAUUCAGUGCUACGAAGAAAUCCACGAGAAGCGACACCUGUAA